ACAGUUUUACAACUUCCGAUAUUGGUGCCGACUGGAUAAAAUGUGAAAUGGGUGCAAUUUAUCGCGAAUGAUAUAUUGAUAACACAUUGCUAGAUUAAUAACGUUUACUUGAAUAGCUCAUUCAUGUUGAAAAUUUUUUAGCUUCAAAGAAAAUUUAAAAAAAUACCAAAUGGGAGCUACGUAUAGCAGUAUCAGUGAAUUGUCAAGUAAUAAAUAUCUCUUGCAAUUGUCUGGAGUAGAGAAAAUUACUGCUGAUGACCCUUUUUGGAAUCAGCUAUUGUCCUAUAAAUUUCAUAUACCACUGACACGAGCCGAUCAGCGCUUAUUGGAAGAGUCAACCAGCUCGUUGUGUAAGGAGCUGGCAGUAAACAAUUGUAAAACCCAAAAUGUAAACAGUCUAAUACGUGUGUUCAACCGAAGAUCAGACGAGCUACGAGAGUCUGUCGAUACUGAUAGCGUUCUUCUCUGGCAAACAUAUAAUGCCCUAUUUAUAUUACGAAGUAUUUGUAAAUAUUUCGUUGAGAAUUUGACGGAGGAAUUAAUUUUAUCUCAAUUUGGCGAUGACGAAAGUGGCAACCUUGUCCUUGAUAUACUAUUUUCAUCACUAAUUCAAGCAAUUAUCGACAUUCCUGUUCUAGCGCAUACGUAUGCCCUACAGGUUGAGUGUAUCAAUUGCAUUCUCAUUUUGCUAUCUCUUCAAAUGUUUAUUCCAGUUGGUUCGAAGACUCCUGAAUUAUAUGGUUUUCUUAUGAAAGGAAAGAGUGCUAUGCAUGCUCCAUUGCUCAUAAAGACAUUACUUAAUAAUAUAGUUGAAAAAGUUAAAUGCCCCUCAUUUAUGAUUCAAAGUUCAGAUAAUCACGGAGCUCUAUACAGGGUUUCCGCAUCGUUAGCUUCAGGCUUAUGGAAUGUUGUAACUCUAAAAUUUCGGCAAACUCCUCAAAAUAAAGACGAAGAGGUUGUAAAAGAUACACUAUUAGCGAAUCAAAGUUCGCUAUUAUUGCUCGUUCUUGCGAAUCAUUGUAUCUAUUUAGAAAAUACUGAGAAUUUAAUUGGUAAUCCUUAUAGAAGUGCUUUAAUAAGUUUUACGGAUAAUCGUAAGGAAGGAGAAGAGGAGAGUCCCGUUAGUUUUAAAAUGAAUGUUUCAGCAAUUGUAAAGGAAUUAUGUUCUACUAUUUGGCCGAAUGGGGAUCAUACAACAUUAUUGUUUUAUCUACUUUUACAUAGAAAUAAAACUAUAAAGCAAUAUACUUUGCAAGAAUUGCCCGUUGAAGAAGUGACUCUUCCCUUAUUGAGAAUUUUAUACGAUGCUCCAAAUACUAAUUCUCAUCAUGUCUACAUGGCUUUAAUAGUGCUAUUAAUGUUGACGGAAGACGAUAGAUUUAAUCAAUCGAUACACGAAAUAGUACUACGAGCUGAUAAAACGAUGAACUGGUUUAAAGAAAGAUCUUUAUUGGAGAUAUCUCUAGGUAGUUUCAUGGUUCUCGUCAUAAUUCGUACUAUCCAAUAUAAUAUGACACGAAUGCGCGACAAGUAUUUGCACACAAAUUGCUUGGCUGCUCUGGCUAAUAUGUCAUCACAGACGAGGCGACUUCAUCCGUAUGCUUCUCAAAGACUUCUCAGCCUUUUCGAUUUACUGCAGAAAAAACGAACAAAACUUGUAGAAAGUUUAAGGGUUACGCCUGAAUCUGAGCAAGAGAAUAUCGUAGAUGAUCUUCAAGUGAUCGAAGAAGUUCUCCGAAUGCUCUUAGAAAUAAUUAAUUCAAUGUUGAGUCAUGCAAUGCAAUUGAACCCAAAUCUUGUUUAUACUUUGUUAUACGAAAGAUCUUCUUUAUCUGCUUUGAGGACUCAUCCAACGUUUCAAGAUAUAAUACAAAAUAUUGAUACGGUUUUGGCAUAUUUUCUUUCGAAGAUCGAAAGAGCAACUAGCAGUUAUGGUCAAACUCUAAGUGUUCCUCAAGUUUUAAAAGUCAUUGAAGAUGGAUCAGCUCAAUUUCGUAAAGACCAUUUAAAGAAAUUCCCCGAAUUAAAGUUCGCCUACGUAGAAGAGGAGGAACCGGAAGAAUUUUUUGUACCUUACGUUUGGACAUUAAUUUUUCGUUUUUCUAGAUUAUAUUUUUGUUCUCAACGAGUGCGUUUAUUUCAAUUGCCCCAGCAAUCAGUUGAAUCUAAUCAAGAUUAA